AUGGGAUUUGUGGGUGUUGUGUUUGAUAAGGAUAACACUAUUACUGCGCCUUACUCUUUGAGCAUUUGGGCGCCCCUUGCUCUGUCUGUGCAUCAGUGUAAAUCGUUGUUUGGGAAUAAUGUUGCUGUGUUCAGUAACUCUGCUGGUAAUUUUAAGGCAAUACCUUUUGUGGGGUUUGAUGUUGAACUUUCUUUCUCUUUUAGAUGUGUGUUUUUGUGUUUGUUCUGCGUUGACGUUGCUUAUCUUGUUAAAAAAAAAAAAAAUGGAUUGUAUGAAUACGGCCCGGAUGGUAGAAAAGCUGGAGCUCUUGAGGAUGCAAUUGGGAUCAAAGUUGUACGGCACAGGGUGAAGAAACCAGCUGGAACAGCUGAAGAAAUCGAAAGACACUUCGGGUGCAAAUCCUCGAGGCUUAUUAUGGUGGGUGAUAGGUCCUUCACGGAUAUUGUUUAUGGUAACAGAAAUGGAUUUUUCACAAUACUCACUCAACCAUUGAGUCUUAUAGAGGAGCAUCUGAUUGUCAGGCAGGUGAGGCUGCUUGAAGCUGCCAUUGUUAGAUGA